CGUGCGAACACAUAUGUUAAGCACGUAAGGAGUAAAAAAGAGAGGUUAUAACGAAUGGGAACUGAACACAUGUCACUCCCAAAGUCCAUUUGAAGACUACUUCGUCCAAAACACACUUAAUUUCAUCAACUCCAUUACAAAUUUUCACUCAUUUGCAAGAGCUGAUUUUGGUGGCAAAUUUUUCCAUUUUCGAUCAGGGUUAGGAAUGGCGAAUAGCUUGUUGAAUAAGUUGUGUAUGGACGAAGAAGAUGCGAUGCUCAAUGUCGAAGUGCGAUGCAAACAUGGCAUUUUGCUAAAAAUGCAGACUUCUUGGUCGACCGCAUUAGGAAGGAGAUUUUGGUCUUGUCCUCACUAUGGGGCCACCAAUUGCAAGUUUUUCAAAUGGAGAGAUAAGCAAAGUGUUGAUGAAAGAUCAAAGUUCAUUAUUCCAAGAUUGGUGAACAAAAUCAAAGAGUUAGAAGAAAAUUACAAGCGUGUUAGGUUGCAUUUGGCUGAGCUUGAAAGUUUUAAGAUGCAGUAUGAUAAUCUCAACAUGAAUUCACUUGAACUUGAAGAUUCAAAAGAGGAUGAAAUUCAGUUAGAUGAGCUUGAAAGUCUUACCCUUCAAUAUGAUAAUCUCAACAUCAAUUCGGUUGAGCUUGAAGAUUCAAAAGAGAUAGGUGAUUUGAAUGAGGUUGAAGUUUCAAAAGAGGAGAAGAAUGAUUUGGAUAACCUUGGAGAUUUAAAAGAGAAGAGUAAUUUGAAAGAGAAUGAUAUGAAUGAAAAAAAGAAAAGCAACUCGUGUAGGUUUAAUAGAACAGUCCUUUGGUGUUUGAUGAUUUGUGUAUUUGUUGUGUAUCUUAGUGGUUUAAUCCAAAUGGGCAACUUGAAGAAAAAUCAAAUGAAGUUGCCAUAGUACUAAUAGAACCUCAUUUUGGUUGUUGUAAUGGAACUUCAAUGAUCUCGGAUAGGGUAAAGUUAGAUUUGUUUUGUUGUAAAGUACAUUUUGGUAUUAUAAUGAAGCCUGACUUGUUU